AUGGCCAACGGAUCAUCAACUGGAAAUAAUCCUACGUCUCAAUCAAAUGGAAAUACUAAUGGUGGUACUACCUCGUCCGCGGGAAAUCCCGGUGUACAACCCGCGGUCGAUCAACCCGCACAAGGUGGACAAAUUUUGGAUUGGGAGUACGUCGAUCGUUUCUCAUUCGAGGAUUCCGAUCAUUUCGAAGAGGAUUCACUUUGUAGUUGGAGCAGUGAAACCGAAUCCCUUUGUAACAAUUGGCGAGGAUGGCGUCGACCAACUGCAGGAUUUGGUACCGCAAAAAGGCCGACAGAUGAUGAUCCACAAGUGCCAACGUUAUGCGAAUUAUCGGCACGAUGCGUUGCCUCUCACAUACCCUUCGAGUUGGUCGAACACGUUUAUCCACCUGUGCCGGAACAAUUGCAGCUGAGGAUAGCUUUCUGGAGUUUUCCCGAUAACGAGGAAGACAUAAGACUUUAUUCUUGUCUUGCGAAUGGCAGUGCGGAUGAAUUUCAACGUGGCGAACAACUCUUUCGUUCGAGAAGAGUCAAGAAUCCUCUGCAAAUAGGUUUUCACCUCAGCGCCAGCGUAAAUCCGCAAGUAAUCUCAGCAACGUCUGGUGUCGCUAGAUCUCAAUCUAAUGUAGCAGUAACUUUCGACCGUCGAAAGAUCACAUCGUGCAAUUGUACUUGCACUUCCAAAGCUUAUUGGUGUGCACACGUAGUUGCUGUUUGUCUUCAUAGAAUACAUAUGCCGACACAAGUUUGCCUAAGAGCACCAGUGAGCGAAUCCUUGUCGCGAUUGCAUCGAGAUCAGUUGCAAAAAUUUGCUCAAUAUCUUAUAAGCGAAUUGCCACAACAGAUUCUUCCCACUGCUCAAUUACUCUUGGACGAAUUGUUGUCAGCCCAACCGAAUGCCAUCAAUAGCUAUUGUGGUGCUCCUGAUCCUACGGCAGGUGCUUCCGCACACGAUCAGACAUCUUGGUAUCUGGACGAGAAAACGUUGCACGAUAACAUUAAGAAAAUUCUUAUCAAGUUCUGUGUACCAGCGCCUAUUGUGUUCAGCGACGUAAACUAUUUGAGCACUACCGCACCUCCGGCUGCAGCCGAGUGGUCGUCGCUUCUUAGACCAUUGAGAGGUCGAGAACCAGAGGGAAUGUGGAAUCUGCUCUCGAUCGUACGUGAAAUGUUUAAGAGAACAGAUCGUAACGCAAUACCGCUUUUAGAAAUUAUCACAGAAGAGUGCAUGGCCUGUGAACAAAUCAUUGUUUGGUGGUUUAACACGAAAGUAGCUCUAUUGAAUGGUACAGGACAUGGUGGCGGUAAACAUGUUAAUAUGAACAGCAACGUUCACGCAUCUCAACAUGCGUGUUCCUCGCUCUGCGACGAAAUUAUCGUUCUUUGGAGAUUGGCUGCUCUAAAUCCUGGGUUGUCACCAGCCGAACGAGAGAUGCUUCAUGAUCAAUUUAUGGCAUGGCAUAUGAAGAUCAUUGAUAAAGUCACUAAAAGUCGUGGUACCUCAGUAUCCCAUAAUUCGCAUAAUAAAAAUAAUAGCAGUAGCUAUAAGGAUUCAUUGAAGAACGAUUUAACCGUUUUCGUUGGCUUCAAAACAGCUCUUGAGGCGUGUUAUUUAGAUUGGGAAGAAUAUAGUUUGCCGGGUAUCACGUAUACGGCUGAAAGCAAUCCCAUGUAUCAUUGUCCAUUUACAUGUUUUCGACAUGUUGGUGAUAGCGGUACCGAAGUAAAUCAGGUGAAUUCGAGUUCAGCGGUCUUGAAUUGUCAGCCACCUAUUUCUCAUCAUCACAGCAGACGACCUGUAUCCUUAGGUCUCGUAGAAUUUAGUUAUACGGAUAGACGAAGAUUGAAUCCGCGAGAAUUUCCAGGCUUGUGUUCAAGAGGCAGCGGCGGAGAUGGAAAUCGUAGCAGCGUUAGUUCUGAAGGUUUUUGCGAAAAUGAUACUGAUAUGGCCGAUAUUUCUGAACCUCAACUACUACUUAGACGUGGAUGUGCCAGGUUAAAUAAUUGCGGAGAUACAGAUUCACAGGAGGGUGGAGGUAGUGAAUCCUCAUUGAAUAGCAACGUGAGUUUAAAAAAUGUUCAAGACUCGAAUAAACAUUGUUCAAACGUAUCAUCGGAAAGUCACAGUGAUAGUAGUGAAAGUAGUAACAAUAAGGUUGCUAAUGAAGUAAAGUGUGGCAGGACGAAUUUCGUCGACUAUCGUGAUAAGUCGCGUACGGCAACGGCUAAAGCAACAGGAUCAAAGACUGAACAAGAAUCUGAACAAGAGAAUGAUGCUUCCAGAAGACAAUCAAAAGAUGAAAGUUCAUCCUCUAGCAGCGAUAGCCCUUCUGGUGACGAAUAUAACGUCUAUUAUUACGAUUCAAAGGCGACAGUGAAUAAUACAGGAAAUGAUUCGAAAACUGAGUCACCUCUCACCAUAGCCCCGAGCGCGAGUGCAUUGUUGGGCAAUCUAAAGAAAACAGAAGAUCCCUGGGGUAUAUUUCUUGCUAGAGCGGAGGGUCUUUAUGCGCACGGACAUACACGAGAGGCUUGUAUACUGUGUGUUCGAUUAGCAGAAGAAUUAUUAGCCAAUCCUCCAGAUUUAAUGAUAGAGGAACCUCCCGUGCCAUUGAAAGGAAAAAAGAAAAAGCAACAAGUGAAUCCAGCGUCACAUCAAUUAACGUGCCUUGCCUCCGCCACUUUGGCAAAAUGUUGCUUCUUGUGCACGGUGCUCGCUGAAAAUCCUGAAUAUCACAAUCUUGCAUUCAGAGUUGGUCUCUAUGGUUUAGAAAUGGCAAGACCGCCGGCGAAUACGAAACCUUUAGAGGUCAAAUUAGCACAUCAAGAAAGCGAACUCGUGGGUUUGUUGAAAAAAAUUCCCUUAAGUCAAGCAGAAUUGAAUAUGGUGAGACAAAGAGCAGCGCAAUUGCGAGAUGGCGUAUUACGAUCAAGAGGGCAUGCAUUGCUACCCAUUAUUUUAGCAAGCUUCAUAUUCGAUACUUUAAAUACACCGAGAGGUCCAGAAGUUAACAAAGAAGCUGAUGAAGCUCUCGGUUUCGACGCAGCUGUUGCUGCUUUAGGACUCAAAGCGAACGUAAGUGAAGCAGAUCAUCCUCUUCUUUGCGAAGGUACCAGACGUCAAAGGGGCGAUUUGGCGAUUACUCUUCUUGUACAUUACAAGGAUGCACCAGCUAAAGUAGCUAGAAUAAUGAACAAACUUCUAGAUCGUGAUGUUCAUCAAUUAAUUAAGUCUCCUAUUCUUAGUAUUUACUACACUGCUAAUCCUAUCACCAAGCCUGAGACGACAACACAUUUGCCGGAUGACGAAUGUUUGUCGCCUUUAACAGGCACUGAUGUUGCUGGAAACAAUGACAAUGUUAUUGGUAAUGGCAGUAGACCACACAGUAGUACAAGCGCAGAGUUAGAAAAUAGCAUGAGCGCGUUAACUCUUCAACCACCAUUAGUGCAACCUGUACCUACUAGAACUAAAGAAACAAGGUACAAGAGUAAGCGAGUAUGCCCAUCGAUCCCUAACCAACCAUCCGAAGCUGGUGCACAUUUCAUGUGUGAAUUAGCUAAAACUAUAUUAGCUAAAGCAGGUGGUAGCAGUUCAACUUCAUUGUUCACUCAAGUAUCAACGAAUCAAAAUCAUCAUGUACCACACAGAGCUUUGCACAUGUGCGCCUUCCAACUGGGCUUGUACGCUCUUGGUCUUCAUAAUUGCGUCAGUCCUAAUUGGUUGAGUCGUACUUAUUCUACACAUGUAUCUUGGAUCACUGGACAAGCUGUGGAAAUUGGUGCGCCGGCUAUAUGGUUCCUCAUUGAAAGUUGGGAAGGUCAUCUCACUCCUCCCGAAGCUGUCAGUAUCGCUGAUAAAUCUUCGAGAGGGAGCGAUCCAAAUAUGGUUAGAGCGGCCGCAGAAUUGGCAUUUUCUUGUCUACCACAUGCUCAUGCUCUUAAUCCAAACGAAGUGCAAAGAGCAAUUUUACAGUGUAAGGAACAAAGUGACGUCAUGUUGGAAAAAGCUUGUAUCACGGUUGAAAACACGGCGAAAGGUGGCGGUGUUUAUCCAGAAGUACUUUUUCAAGUUGCCAAAUAUUGGUAUGAGCUGUAUAUCCGUCACACACCUAGAGGAGAACAACAAGAUGAGAUGCCAAACGAUUCUUUACAGUUAGAUCUUAACAGUGCCCUUUUAGUAGAACCUGGUCCUCCGGUAGAUUUAUCUGCAGGUCAAAUGAUACCAGGCCCGACACAGGCUGUCGUAACUAGUACACAACCACCUCCUCAGCCAUAUUCUGCACAUCCCACUGUAACGACUUUGGCACCCUUGGGUACAGUACAACAGUAUUACAAUCACGAAGCACAAAUAAUACAACAACCAGGAGUUGGCAUGCCGUAUGCGGUAGCUCCCUACAGUUUCGUACAUUCUCAUCAUUCAAUUCCAACGUUUGGUGGUCCGAUGCCUUCGCAUAGAGUAACACUACCUCCUGCACCACCACACAUGCAAAUGUAUCACACAGGCUUUCCGCCUCAUCCUAGAUGCCCACAGCAUCCUCAACAUCCACAACAUCCGCAUCAUCCACCACCAGCUGCACAGCCACCGCCAGUGCCGCAAUACUACACACCGCAACCUCCGCCUCCGCCAGGAACGCAUCAUUUGUUCACCAUGCAACAAACCAUGCCAGUUAACGUUCAAGCGGGAGUAACACAUGGUCCUAUCCCCGGACAGAGUGGUUUGCCUGGACCAGCAUUAGUACAGUCUCAACCAAUUAUAUCGACUGUAAGACCGCAAUCACAGGUUCAUAGACAAAAUCAACCGUUUAGGCAACAGCAAUUUAGGGCAUUGGUUGCGGCGUAUCGCGUAGGUAUGCUAGCCUUGGAAACAUUAGCUCGUAGAGUUCAUGACGAUAGGCCUCAAGCAAAGUAUGCACGUAAUCCACCGUACGGAGAAGACGUUAAAUGGUUAUUAAGAGUUUCGAAACGUUUGGGUUCGCAAUACCUUCAUCAGUUGUGUGUCUGCACGGUGAAUAGCAUCGUCAGUCCGUUUGUUCUUCACGAAGUGGCACUCGAAGCAGCACAUUACCUCGCCAGAAAUAAUCCAACUCUGGUGUUACAACACUUGAGAUCGGCUCCUCUGGCACCGCUCGUACACAAGUGUCAGCAAAUGUAUAUUCAAUGCAUGCAUCAAAAGUUGUAUCAUCUGGCACCUGAUGAUUACGAGGACUUUGCCAGUGUAGUUUGUGCAGCAAGAGCGGCAUUCCAUAUCACUCCAGAAGGGCACACGCAGUUCAAGGAAUGGCUUCAAUCUAUCAAAAGGCCGUAUGCUUUCAGAUCUCAGUCGUGCAACAAAGAUCUAUGGGCGCAAAUCAAUGCGGCGUUACAACAAAACGGCAAAUGACAUAGAGCGGAAUCAGGCAUAUCGAGAGGGACGUCAUUACCCCAUCCAACAUCAGCAACCCCUGGAACAAUCGUCGUAACACAAGCAUCUGUUACGGCAACGGUAGCUGCAUCGUUAUCACCAAUUACAACGACAACGACGACGACGACGACGACGACCACGACGGCUAGAGCAGCGAUUACGACGAGCACACCGAAUGUAGUCUCGCAUCAACGUCAAUCUUCAUCUCAUCAAGAACGUCGGACGCGUUCACGUGUCGGUCAUCCUCAACAAGGACGAUUUGGGCAGGAUUUUCAUAACGUCUGUUUACGUUCGUCCUCGUGGAAACAUCGCGUAAGUGGCAACGAUAACAAAGGCAACAAUAUCGGAUGACAUAUUUUCCGUGCAGCUCGCACCAUAGAAACCGUCUUAGGAUUUUCGUUCAAAAUGGAAAAUUCAUCACGGAGAUGAGCACCCAUUCGAUCCAAUUCGAUCAAUGCACGAUAUCCAUGAUGACAUAAGCUAAAGUUGCUUAAUCUAAGAGGAGGAGGAACGAGAAAGAAGAGAAAGAAAAAAAGAGAAAAAAAAAAGGAAAAAGAGGAAAUCUCAUAUCUAAAGAAGGAUUAUCGCGUGUUCAAUCGAUUCGAAUUAAUUUGUAGCAUCCAAUGAAUGCAUCCACUCAUGUAUACAUAUAGCAUCGUCGUUAAUACUUGAAAAAAUAACGAUGCCAAUUUUUCACGACUUGUCCUUGUUCGUUAAUCGUUCAUUCAAAAUUCAUCCCCGUUAUCGCGUACAAACAUCGCGAGUGAGAGAGAUAGAGAAAAAGAGAAAAAAAAAAGAGAGAAAAA